UGACUCACUCAUCUUCCUUUGUUUACCUGUUAGCUUUGCUUGCUUUGUUCUCCUUCUCUCAUUUAUAACUCCAUUAGAUUUUCUCUCUCUUACGCCACAACUUUGUUUUGCUUCUUCUUUUCCUUCUGGAUUAUCUUUUUUUCUUUCUUUCUUUCUGGGUUUUCGUUUGGUUAGAGAAUUUUGUUUGAGGGUCAUCAAUUUUAGCGUAGGGUGGGUGAACAGGGAAAUGGGUUGAGAGCAGCGUACGUGUUCGAAGAAAGGUCGAAAAGGAUAAGGUAGCUGAGGGCUGUUGGUGUUCCUCGUCUUGGUCAAAUGUUUUAUUAAUGCUUUCUCCUUGGCUUCUUACCGUCUAGUUUGCAUGUUUUGCUUUCUUAGAAUUUCAGUAUAUUGAACAAGAUAGCGAUGUAUAUUUCCUUUUUUGAAGUCUAAAGAUCUCUCUUUGAACCUCGGUUUCUGUCUGGUUUGGUUUUUACUUUUACUCAGCUGAGAGAGAAACAAAGAAAGAGAGAGAGAGAGAGAAAAAAAAAACCCUUCGUCGUUGGUAUCAUUUAUUGGCACCUCACAACCACAGACAACUUGGGCAAAACUUAUUGAAUUUGUUUGAAGAGUGUUCACCUGUUGUUUCUUAUCUUCUGUGAGGUUUAUUUACGAUAAAAGAAAGAACAAGAUGAAGUUUAUGAAGCUUGGCUCGAAGCCUGACACCUUCCAAGCUGAGGGCAAAUGCGUUCGGUACGUCACAUCUGAUUUAGCAACAGAUGUUACUAUUAAUGUUGCUGAUGUGAAAUUUCACCUUCACAAGUUCCCGCUAAUGUCUAAGAGCAAUCGGUUGCAAAAGCUGGUGAUGGAAGCUAGCGAAAAGAACACUCAUGAAAUUGAUAUGGUUGAUUUUCCUGGUGGACCAAAAGCAUUUGAAAUUUGUGCUAAAUUUUGCUAUGGUCUGACUGUUACUUUAAAUGCUUACAAUGUGGUUGCUGCUCGCUGUGCUGCUGAAUACUUAGAGAUGACCGAGGAUGUUGAUCGAGGCAACCUUAUUUUCAAAAUCGAAGUAUUUCUUAACUCUAGUAUAUUACGUAGCUGGAAAGAUUCCAUCAUUGUUCUACAAACCACAAAAUCUCUACUGCCGUGGUCCGAGAAUCUAAAGAUUGUUGGAAGAUGCAUUGAUUCCAUAGCAUCGAAAACCUCUGUGGAUCCCGCAGGCGUCUCGUGGUCCUACACGUAUAACAGGAAGUUAUCAGCCCUUGAAAAAGUAGCUGAGGGUGGUAUGAAAUAUCGAGAAAAGAUUGAAUCUGUCCCAAAGGAUUGGUGGGUUGAAGAUAUAUGCGAGCUAGAUAUUAUUCUCUACAAAAGAGUCAUGGCUGCUGUGAAAUCUAAGGGAAGAAUGGAUGGUGCGAUAAUUGGCGAGGCACUCAAAACAUAUACCGUCAGAUGGUUGCCAGAUUCCGUUGAUUCCUUGGUUUCUGAUGUACAUUCCUGGAGAAACAAAUUGCUGAUGGAAACUAUUGUAUGCUUAUUACCUUUAGAUGAGCACGUAGGUUGUUCGUGUAGUUUCUUGCUGAAGCUGUUGAAAGUUGCCAUAUUGGUUGGGGUGGAUGAUUCGGCCAAGGAAGUUUUAGUGCAGAGGGUAAGUUUAAAGCUGCACGAAGUGUCUCUCAAGGAUUUAUUAAUCCCUGCGCGGCCUCCCCAAACUACCUUAUACGAUGUUGAGAUGGUGCAUUCUAUUGUGAAGCAGUAUAUGAAGCAUGAAAAGUUCAGUCGUGAUUCAGAUCUUGGAAAGAGCGAUGUUGGAUGUACUGAUUUUAUUCUGGGGCAUGGAACUUUGUUGAGUGUUGGUAAAAUGAUUGAUGGGUAUCUCGAAGAAAUUGCUCACGACCCGAAUCUUUCGCUUGCCAGUUUUGUUGACUUGUCUCAGUCAAUCCCUGAGUUUGCUAGACCGGUUCAUGAUGGACUGUAUAAAGCCAUUGACAUGUACCUCAAGGAGCAUACUGACUUGACGAAGGCCGAAAGAAAGGGACUGUGUGGUCUGAUGGAUGUCAAGAAGUUGACAACGGAUGCAUCGAUGCAUGCUGCACAGAACAAUAGACUUCCACUUCGGGUGGUAGUUCAAGUUCUCUACUUCGAGCAGGUCAGAGCUGCAGCCGGAGUUAAGUCACUUAACAACAAUCCCCGUGACACUUCCCAAUCCACUUCGAACACCGACGAAGAAUGGGAGAAAACUGCAGCUGAAGAUUGCAGCUCCAUCAAGAAACAGAUGAAUCAGAUCAAGAUAAAAGAGGAGGGCAGUAAACUGGUCAAGAAGAACAGCCAAAACAACAAAAGUGGGAUGCUGCUGCUGCCAUCUCGAUCGAGAAGAAUAUUCGACAAGUUGUGGGUUAUGGGAAAAGGGCACGGCGAGAACAAAAGCUCCGAGACCUCUGGAAGUUUGCAAAGCCCGGCUUCGAUGAUUCCAGGGGAUACCAAGUCAUCUGCAAAACACAGGAGGCAUUCUAUUUCCUAGAGAAGGGUAUGCCGAUGUUUAUAAAGUAAGAUUUAGAAGCUGCUCCGAGUAAAGAAGUUUUAGGUUAUGAUGGAGGGUUGAAGUAUUCUAAAGAAGUUUCAGUUUUUGG